UACAAGUCAGUGGUAUACAUAACCUUUUUGUGUAGAUUAAAACAUGUUCGAUAUGAAACGAUCAACCAGCAUUAGCAGCAAAUAGAAGUUUUCUUAACGGUACUUGUUGAAACCAAUGUCCUUGGCCUUCUCUCUGAAACAUUGACGACACAAGUUCAAACCGUACUUUCUGAUCAAACCAGUGUGAGAAGAACAGACUCUACAUUGACGAGAACCCUUACCGUAGUUUCUUGGGUGGGAGAACCAAACGUUUUCGUGAGCCAUUUUGCUAUAGUCCUUGAGUUAGUAUUCUGGCACUCGAAAAUUGACUGUGCGGGUGAAAGAAGAGGUCGAUUUCCAUGGUCUGCUAUGUGUCCUUGAAGUAGCGUUGGUCCUUAGAGGGUGUGUCCUAUCUCACCUCCAUGGAUUGUUCUUCUUUAUUCACUAUAUUCAAACAUCAUUUGGCUUUCCUUUCGACUGUCUUCACGUCUGUGGUCUAUUGUCUGGUAUCCGUCACUAAUACAACACGUUCUUGCUGGUCUUUCAUGGAUAUACCUCUUAUAGACCAAAUAUAUCUCUCGCUCUCUCUUUCAAACCCGCAUGUCAUCACUUUCCACUCACAUUAACUGAUGUCUUAACCUUUUGGUGUUGGUAAACUAAAC